GACUUGGUUGAUGCCAUUGUUGAAAACUUCUUCGAGCCACAGAAGAAUAAGUUGCAGCCUAAGCCGGAGUAGCUCUGACAGACAAACAGGAAAUCACAGGCAGAUAGCUGUCUCUGGCCACACAAGCCAUGGAAGGACUCUGCUUUGACGUGAAGUCCAGCAAGGAUGAACCCUCCAGGCCAGGCAGUUCUGAGAAACCCCGCCUUAAUCUAACUUCAAAUCACCGGUCAUGUCCCUCAUUUUCAAAUCUCACCUCUUCCUCACAGCGUCCACCGAAACUCAGUCAUGUUAGGGAAAGGGCUGCAACAUGGGGAGAAGGGGUAGAGAAAGAGAGAGAGGUGGUGGAGGUGCGAUAUACACUGACAUUGAUUGGUUCUCUGCCGGUCCACCACCUAACCACCAUGGCUAUGCUGCCCUGGGUGGUGGCUGAGAUCAGCAGGUCUCGGCCUGCAAGGAAGGACCUGGGAACUGGGAUGCAGAGUGGAGCACAAAGAGGUGGACAGUUGGACCCUCGUACCUCAAAUCAGACAGUUUUUUUAUGUGUCUCGGCAUCGUGGGUGCGAUGUGUCUCUGUUCUGGGAGAGGGAGAUGUCUGGAGCCCUCUAACACACACCGUGCUAUUUGGAUGUCGUCCCCACCAGGUGACUAAGCUAAUUCACAACAGCCAAGAGCCCAACAGCUUCGGCUUCCUGGUCAGAGAUGUUCCAAGCUGUGCCUGCUAUGUCUUCCAGUGCCAGGACAGCACCAAGGUCCCUGAGAUCAUCAGUACGUUGAGGCAGGCUGGCAAGAGCUCUGCACGCAAUGAUGACUUCACCGCCAUUUCCACAGGAAGCAGUGAUCCCACUGAAACAUGUGUUUCCUCUGUUUCCAUGACGACAGCCUCCGCGGCACCCACCGCUGUCGUGUCUCCUACAGCCUUUGCCAAAAAAUUCGAGGUGCUGUUUUGUGGCCGUGUGAGUGUUGCUCAAAAGAAAGCCCCGCCUGCCCUCAUUGAUGAGUGCAUCGAGAAGUUUAGCCAGUUGCAUGGCUCAGGGACGACUGACAAAGGAGAAAAUAGUGGAGGUUUGGUGGGUGGGCUGAGAAGAGCAUUCACUUUCCAAUCCAAUGGACUGGGGAGUGGUGCUGUAGGUAAUGGUGAUGCAAGGAGCCCCGGCCCUGGGAAGCACCCAGUCCUGUUCAAGCAGAACCCCAGCUUACCCUGUCUGCAGGCUCUGGAUGAGAACGGACUUUCGCCAGAGAUUUCUCACACCAACACUAGUGAUGCACUUGCCUGCUCCGCUGAGGUACAGCCCACCAGCCUGCUGGAGAACAGGACCAUGCUGUUCAUGGUUGGCAGAUCUCAGAUCUUCUUGGUUAGUCCAGAUACUAAGAAGGUUGCCAUAGAGAAGAGUUUCAGAGAAAUCUCUUUCUGCUCACAGGGCAUUCGGCACGUGGAUCACUUUGGCUUCAUUUGCAGAGAGACUGUGGACGGAGGGAGCUGCCACUUUGUUUGCUACGUCUUCCAGUGUACAGACGAGUCACUGGUGGAUGAGAUCAUGCUGACUUUGAAGCAGACAUUUUCUGUGGCAGCCCUGCAGCAGAAUGCAAAGACCCAGAGCCAGCAGUGUGACAGCUGCCCCAUGCAGCUGCUCCACAAACUAUGUGAGAGGAUAGAAGGUCUACACCCAUCUCAGACCAAACUAGAGCUCCAGAGACACUUGGCCACUCUCGACAAUCAGGAGCAAGCGUCAGUCUUUGAAAACACUAUGAAGGCUCAUCCUAAGAGCGACCAGGAAGAGAAUGAGUUGGUGAUGGCUCUGCUGAGGAAGCUGUAUGAGGAGAGACAAAAGAGCCAUAAACACACACUGCCUGGGGACAGUAAACGGGUGUGUGAGGAGGCAGCUUCAGCCCCAGUGGAGGCACAGCAGCAGAGUAGCAGUCGGCAGCGACUUGAGCUGUUCAAGAGUCGAGCAAAGCGGUCUCUUACCGAGUCCAUUGAGGGCAUCUGGAAGGGAAGCAGCAAGGCCAGAACUCAGAGGGGCAACAGUGUAGGAAGUGACAGCAGCUCUUCCACCUCUACAGUCAACAGCAGCCUUGACAAGCCCUGCUUAGAUGACUCCACAUCUGCUUCUACCCAACUGAGACCCACCAGUCCGCUCAGGUGCCACAACUCAACAGGGGACUUGAAGCAGCUUGACGUCUCUCUCCCUCUGUCUCCCUCCUCAUCCUCUUUAUCCGGUGAUGCUCAGGCACAGGGCUUCCGUCGACGGGCCAACACCUUCAGCCACCCUCCCGCUGCUUCCUCAGUACUCGAGCACUCACCGGUGCACACACUAAUUCACACACCACAAGACCCGGCGAACAAGCCCAAACUCGUACGACACUACUCUGUCAGCACUGACACUCCACAUCAGAACAAACAUGUUCUGACCGACUCCCCCAUUCCUCCUGUUUCUCCUUGCCCUUCAUCCCCUUCUCUUCUGCUCCCUCGUCAUCCUUUCCCCCCUUCUCCUGGAGCCCGGCUCAGUAAAAGAAGUGAUGUAGUGGCUCUGUCUACACCAAAUGCAGAAUGUGGGGUAGGGGAAAGUCCUCUGCGCGGUCACCGCCACUCAUGGAGGCAGCAGAUCUUCCUACGGGUUGCUACACCUCAGAAGAACACAGACGCCACUGAGCGGGGAGAGCCUGGUCUAGAGGGGGGUCGAGUGUGUAUGAGCCAGGUGGACGGUGGAAGAACUGUAGACUCAUGUAUGAGGACGGUGCCUGAGGAGUGGACAAAAAGGAGCAAAAAGGAGCUGAGGGAGCUGUGGAGGAAGGCCAUUCUGCAGCAAAUCCUGCUGCAGAGGAUGGAGAGGGAGAACCAGAAGCUACAGGCCUCAGAGAGUGACCUGAAGAACAGGCGCCUGAAGCUGGACUAUGAGGAAAUCACUCCAUGUCUGAAAGAGGUCACUCUGGUGUGGGAAAAGAUGCUGGGAACUCCUGGGAGAGCAAGGGUCAAAUUUGAUACAGAGACUAUACAUGCUGCAGUUGCACAAGGCGUCCCAAGGCAGCAUCGAGGCGAGAUCUGGAAGUUUCUAUCUGAACAGUACCUUCUCAGGCAGACGGUCCCAUCCCGACCCCCUGUCAAUGACACUCCGUACAAAGAGCUGCUGAAACAGCUCACCUCGCAGCAACACGCCAUCCUCAUAGACCUGGGUCGCACUUUUCCCACUCAUCCAUAUUUCCAAGUCCAGCUGGGUGCAGGACAGCUGUCUCUGUAUAACAUACUGAAGGCUUACUCACUGCUAGACCCUGAGGUGGGCUACUGCCAGGGCCUGUCCUUCAUUGCUGGAGUGCUGCUGUUACACAUGAGGGAAGAGGACGCCUUCAACAUGCUGAAAUUUUUAAUGUAUGACAUCGGGCUUCGCAAACAGUACAGGCCUGACAUGAUUAUUCUGCAGAUUCAGAUGUACCAGCUGUCGCGACUGCUCCACGACUACCACAGAGAUCUUUACAGUCACCUAGAGCAGCAGGAGAUUGGACCCAGUUUGUACGCCACUCCUUGGUUCCUCACCGCCUUCGCUUCACACUUCCCUCUUGGUUUCGUGGCCCGAGUCUUCGAUAUGUUGUUCCUGCAGGGGUCAGAAGUCAUCUUCAAGGUGGCCCUGAGCCUGCUGGGGAGCCACAAGCCUCUGAUCCUGCAGCAUGACAACCUGGAGUCCAUAGUGGACUUCAUCAAGACCACACUUCCCAACCUGGGCCUGGUGCAGAUGGAGAAAACCAUCAACCAGGUUUGUGAGAUGGACGUGUCCAAGCAGCUCCAGGCCUAUGAGGUGGAGUACCAUGUCUUGCAGGAUGAACUGCUGGACACCCCCCCGACCCUUAACCAGCACCAGCGAGCUGCACAGCUGGAGAGGACCAAUCAGAGCCUCCGACAGCAGAACCUCGACCUACUUGAGGAGCUACAGGUGUCCCACGCUCGUGUGUGCAGCCUGGAGAACCGAGUGGAGGCUUUGGUCCAAUCGGAGGGCCAGCUGAAGGAGGAGGUUGCUGCGCUGGAGGAGGAGAAGAAGCAUCUGCUGAACACUGUCACACGCCUCCAGGACAUCCUCAGCAGCCUCGGCAUACACGCCUCCCCUGAUGGGCACACACCCCCUCCGCCAGAUGAAAGAUGCACAGUCACAGCAGAGGAGCAGGGGAACAGGACUGAAGACUCCUGUCAUCACCCUUUGUAAUCUCACCUAAUUCUCUAUAAAGUAAGGCCCACCAGAGGAGGAGCUCACUGUGGAAGAACUAGGAAGAAAGGUGACUCUCUGCCUUGACCUUUGUCCUGUUCCCAGCUCCAGAAUAUUUCAUUGAAAAGAGACUGAGGAAGUUGAUCCUAAAACAAAGGAUCCGAAUGGAAAUGCAACCAAAACGGGGAUGGACUGAUGGCACCCUUGAGUAUUAUUUGAAAACAAUAUGAAUGGUCCUCUUCCUGCUCUCUGCCAGAUAUGAAUGAACAUGUGAUUUGAUCAACAAUCCCCAUAUAUAGCACUGUUCCUCUGGGGCUCUACUGUAAAAACAAAACCGUUACAUUUGCACCUGUACUUGUGUGUUUGUGUCUUAGAAUGUCAGUGAGUGCUGUCACUCGUGUUUUAUGCUCCUGCGAGAGAGGUUUGUUGAACUGUGAACGAUGCAAUGAGGCUAAAGUAGCCAAAGAAUAUCAAAAUCCUUUAACGUAAAACAAGCUAGAACAAAAA